AUGUCCGGAGCAAAUCUACACAACGCCCUCCUUCGUCCGCCCAUCAUCCAAAUCCUACGAGCUGCCGGCUUCCACGCCACGCGACCGUCUGUUGUUGACACUAUCGCCGACCUCACAGCCCGCUACAUGAUGAUCCUCGCCUCCUCUGCAACCGCGCACGCCGCCAACGCCCACCCCAGCAACCCCAUGCCCGUUCUCGAAGAUAUUUACCAAGCGUUGCAGGACGCCGGCGCCUUGCGACCCCAGAUGCGAGAUUGGGAAGAAGAAUGGGCAAAUGAGGAAGACAACCGCGGCCUGGAGGGCUUUCUAUCAUGGUUUACGGGGCCCGCCAACCGGGAGAUUCGACGCAUUGCGGGUUUCGUGCCUAGCGAAGGAGACGUGGUCGAUGCCGAUUCUCUGGAGAAGGAAGACUACCUGACGGCGUUGAAGAAGAAACAUAGCAAGACGGGCGAGGAGUCGCGAUAUGCCGGCACGGUGCUGGGGAAGAGCGCCGAGGAACAUCCGGUCGUGAUCGAAGGUGGUGCGCCCAGUAUUCAGGAAUGGGGGACACAGGUCCGGUCUAGAGCACCUUAUUUCGCGGAGAGCGAUUCUUCGGCCGUCAGUAGUGCGCCGAGCAGUCUGUCGGAUGCGGAGGGGAUGGAUGUGUGA